GCGAGAUGAGUGUGCAGCGCUCUGCGCCUAGCUCCUGGGAGGAUCUGGUGCUGAUUAUCUGGUUGAGUUUGAGGCGGCGGGUGGCCAGAACAUUCGGUUCAUUACUCUAAAGACCAUGUACACGUCUGCUAUGGAUGAGGGACGCUAUGAGGAUGCUGCUAGGAUCUGGCUGGUGAACCAGCUUGGUGCCACCUUCUUUGCCAGCAAGAGUGGUGGUUACCACACUACUGACUACUUGAUCGGGAUGCUUGAGGACCUCGGUCGCGUGUCGGAGUACGCGCUGGCAUCGUUGUACGAACAGCUGAGUCGUGCUUCCCGCAGGAAGACAGCCCAGAUCGGUGGGUUCACCUCCCUCUUGCUGUCAUGGGCGUAUGAGUACAUAUCCAGCAGCGUCAUUAUCAGGACGGAGGUACCCGGCUACACACAGGACCAGCCUAGGGCGCAGCGGUGGCCCACGUCCCGGAUCGCGCAUUCCGGACUCGAUGAGAGACGAGUCAUGCUCGAUGAGCUUACAGUGGAUGAUAUCACAUGGACCCCUUUUGAGGACCAUCGAGCUGUUCGACCGCGGGAUCCCAGGGCCCUCUAUUCCGGCUACAGCAGGACACCUUACGGCCGGUCUGUGAGCCGACAUCUACCAGAGCGGGUUAUGCGCCAGUUUGGCUACAUACAAGACAUCCCUCGACACUCCUCUGAGAUCCAGACGACGGGGUCCCUUGCUGAGACUGCAGAUGCUGCCUAUGCAGAGGGUUACAUGAGGUGGUAUAGCAGAGUGUCCCAUGUGUUCAUUAUCCCUGAGGAUAGGAGGGAGGAGCUUAGUGCCGUGUCUGCUAUACGUAGGGGUGUGGAGUUGUUGGAGCAGUCACUGGAGGUGCCAGGAGCUCUUGCUCCAGGGACACAGCCCCGAGUCCUCACUGAGAGGGCGCUCGAUCUCUUUCGACGGAGUUCCUUCGUUGGUACCCAGGGAGUUGCCUUUUCUGCUAUUCGAGGAGCCGCAGCUGCGGGGGGCAGAGCGCGUGGAGGCAGAGCUCGUGGAGGCAGACCCCGUGGAGGCGGAGCCCGUGGAGGCAGAGCUCGUGGAGAGGGUGAUCCUGGAGAGGGUGCUCGUGGAGGUAGAGGUCGUAGGGGGCGGGGGCGGGGAGAGUGA